ACAUCAUACACAGCAGCAUUGUCAUAACUGCAUAAGAUACUCAUCAGUAUAUCUAGAUCUAUUAUGCGUUACAUCUGAUAUAUAUUUUAAUUUCUGCUCAUUUUAUUCAUUUUGAACAAUUUUCACACUUAAAUAAUUUGCCAGAACUAUCUGAACAUAUAAUUCAAUGUUUAUAUGCAAAACAAGUGUGUGAUUGAGCCAUUAUGUUCCCUUCCUUUUUAGAUAGAUAUAAACAAAUUUCACACCACAUCACAAGUGUUUAAUAAAAACACGACACUGUUGCUAUUAAAUGAAAGACGUUUUCAGCAGUAACAACAUAAACAAGCGGCUUUCGUAACUUCCGGUAAACUCCGCGAAGAAUAAAUAACAAAGUCCUUUUAAAGUAGUUUAUUUAUAUAACAAGCAAAAUAAACAACACGUAGAUUACAUAGGAACCCAAAACAUUUGUUAUUUUUGACGAGGUAUUUGUUUCAGUUUCAGCAACUAGUCAGACCAUUGAACAAACAGAAACCGGAAGUAAAGUUUGGACCAGAUGCUUAUCGCGUCACCGCACGUGCGCCCGAUGAAACGAGAUUAUAAUCCUUUGUGCCAAGAUGAUCUCUGCAAAUAUCUGUCAGCGGUUGGGCAAACUGAGAAAUCUCAGGACUCGCCUGUUAUUUUUUCCACUUGGUUCUUCAUACUUCACCACAGCAUGGUUAUCAAACCAAAUCUCGAAACCUGAUAAAAUGAACAUUAUUCUGAUGGGUCCUCCAGGAGCGGGGAAGACCAGCGUUGGACGCAUUGUGGGAUGCCGUUUAGGAAUGCCCGUUAUUGAUAUUGAUGAUGAUGUUCUUGAAAGGACAUGGGGAAUGAGUGUAGCGGACAAACUCUCAGAGGUCGGUGGAGAUCGUUUCAUCGAAGAAGAAGGUAAAGCAGUUUGUGGAUUUACUGCUACAGGAAGCGUCAUAUCGCUGACUGGCUCCAAUCCACUGCAUCAGGACUCCAUGCAGCAUCUGAAACGCUCUGGACUGGUUGUCUAUCUGGAUGUGGAUGCAGACGAUAUCAUGCAGAGACUCACUAACAUGAAGGUGAAUAGGAUUGUGGGUCAGGAUGCUGGCGUUUGUAUGCGAGACAUAUUACGGUACAGGAACCAGUUUUAUGAGAAAUGGUUGGAUGCACGAGUACUUUGUGGAAGAGGAGACUCGGUGGAGGACGUGGCAAAAAAAGUGCUCAAAACUUUGGAUAGAUAUAAUGACUCUGAAUCAGAGAGUUUCAUUUCAACAAGGAGCAAAAAGGAUGUGGCAAGCGAUCCUAAAUUCUUUAGUGAAGUUGUUGUGGAGGGUCUUGCACCAGACGGAGGGCUUUACGUACCAAAGAACGGAUUUCCCAAACUAGAACCGUCCGAAUGGUUGAGAAUAGCCAACAUGCCAUAUGCCACGAGAGCUCUGGCUAUACUGGAAAACUGUAUCCAUCCUAUGGAUUUGUCUCCUGUAGAACUGAGCACAAUGCUGCAUCGUGCCUAUGGGCAAAAUUUUAGUAAUAAAUCAGUGGUACCUCUUAAACACCUUACAGGCAAUCAAUAUAUUCUUGAGCUUUUUCACGGCCCCACCGCCUCUUUUAAAGAUCUCGCACUGCAGUUAAUGCCACAGCUGUUUGCUCACUGCCUUCCACCAAUGUGCAACUACCUCAUCCUAGUGGCCACAUCUGGAGAUACCGGUGGUGCGGUGCUGAAUGGGUUCAGUAAUCUUAAAGACACCGACCUGGAGAGGAUAGGAGUACUGGUAUUUUUCCCAGAGAAUGGUGUGAGUGAAAUCCAGAAACUACAGAUGACCGGAUUUCAAAAGGGCAAUGCCAGGUCCAUCGGCGUCUUAUCCGACUUUGACUUCUGCCAGAAGUCCAUUAAACGUAUGUUUGGGGACUCGAGCUUGACGGGCCACAUAGCUGUGGAGUAUGCAACGGUUCUCAGUACCGCAAACUCCAUCAACUGGGCUCGAUUGCUACCACAGGUGGUGUAUCACUGCUCAGCCUACAUGGACUUGCUUAAAAACCGAGUGCUGACGUUUGGGGAUCCUAUUGAUGUUUGCAUCCCUACUGGAAACUUUGGCAAUGCCAUGUCAGCCCUAUACGCAAAACAGAUGGGAAUCCCGAUACGGAAGGUCAUAUGCGCAGCCAAUCGUAACUGUGUCAUAUCUGAUUUUAUUGCUAGCGGAGAGUAUGAUCUUCGAGGCAGGAAGCUGCUUGUUUCAAACUCUCCUGCUAUUGAUAUUUUAAAGUCCUCUAAUCUGGAAAGGUUUAUCCAUCAUGUAUCCGGUGGGGAUGGUCAUCUUGUGAGAGACCUGUUCUUUAAUCUGGAGAAAGAUCAGGUUUUUAAAGUGUCUGAGGCUUUACUGCAGAAAAUAAAUCUGGAAGUUGAAGCAGGCUGGUGCUCUGAAGACGACUGCUUGAAAGCCAUUCAUGACGUGCACAAGAGAACGGGCUACAUAAUGGAUACGCACACGGCGGUUGGCAAAGUGGUCGCCAGCCGUAUACAUGACAAUACCUGUCCACUUGUGUUAUGCUCGACAGCACACCAUGGGAAGUUUGCCCCAGCUGUGUUAAAAGCCCUUCGGUGUCAAAAUAUCCCACAGGACCCUAUUGAACAGUUAGACAAACUCUGCACCAUUGGAGGUCAACAACAAAUGCAUGAAGCUUUGCUGAAGUGCCUGAGAAACAGCAGAGAUCAUCCAUAUAAAAUAUGUCAGGCUGACUUUAAUGUGCUGUCAGAAGAAGUAGAAACUAUGAUACAAGAUUCCUUUAUGAAAGUGCAGUAAGACCUACAAAU